GCUCAGUAUCGUACAGAUCAUUUGGCCAUUGUCAGUGGACUUUGUCCUUCUCCUUUAUGAGGAAGUCUUGGGCAUACGAUGUUGACUGAGGUGCGGCAUUAAAUAUCAGUUGUAUUUGGGCUAAAGUGUGAAAAACACAAAAGGGAGAAACAGCUAUGUUCAACUGCCAGACACUGUAGGUGUGUCAGCUGAGCACUGAGGAUGUUCAGGAGUCACAGUCCCUUUGGCAACGACACCAGCAGCUAUGCAGGAUCAAUUCAGUCUAAUGGUUAUUCCACAAUGGAUGAAGUGUCAUCAGAGGUCUCGGGUCUGUCGAGGCCCAGCGCAAAGUCAAUUUACCUGCAAAGGAAGGAGUACACAGCGUCUCUGAACAAGAUGAUGGACAGGUUUCAGUACAGAGUGGAGCACUUGUUCACUUGUGACCUGGAUGGGAAGGAGUUGAGGAGCGUAGCCGACUGCGUGGAGCGUCUGAAGCUGCUGGACGGGAUGGGUCGUGUGUGGGGUCAGAACAUGCUGCUGGAGGUGCGCGGUGUCAACCUGCUGCUCAAAGACACUGAGACCAAGGAUGAGCUGGAGUCCAUGGCUCUAAGUGACAUCUUGGAGCUAAAAGCUGUGCUGGACACUGGGGUGUUUAAAUCCCUGCUCACUAUGUCAGUACAGCCCGGGAGCAAAAAGACCACCACUGUCUUCCUGUUCCAGUGUGAGGAUGUCAGGGCGGACUAUGUUCAAAGGGAUCUCUCACAAGCACUGUCACGCAGGAGAGAGGAUCCAAGCUUCAGCUGGGAAGGACUUACAGCUGGUCACGAAGGAGUGAAAAACUAUCGUAAUGCUGCAACAACCUCUGAACCUAAAGAGCAGAGCCCUGCAGUGCACCCAGCGCCCCAGUGGACGGCCCCUGACUAUGAAGAGGAUGACAUCCAGGAACCUGAACUGGUUGUGCCUCAGGGGGAAGAGGAGGAGGAGGAGGCUUCACUUUCCAGAGAGGAGGUACCAUUGCCAAAGCCCUCCAGAGCUGAAGAAGAAGAAGAAGAACCUUUGCAUCCUCCACGCCCGUACACAGAGCUGGACAGGAGUGUGGAUAUCCUGAACCAUAUUCUAAGUGACAUUGAAAUCUUCAUGGGACAAGUAGCUGCAGCAGCAGCUAAAAAUGCAAAGAAAAAGAAGAAAAGAAAAAAGGGAAAAGACAUGGACGGCAUGCCGUCUACAGAAGAAUUUGCAGCAUGUCUCCAUAAGAUCAAAUGUGGUUUCAACCUUCUGGUGGAGCUCAACGGCAAGAUUAAUAACCCCAGUGCUCCUGCAUUUGUUCACUCCUUCUUCUCCACAUUAGCAUUCGUGAUACCUCACUGUCCUGAGGAUCUGCCGCCGACCAUCGUGGCUCCAUUGCUGACGCCUCAGUGUAUCUGUCUCAUGAGUGAGGAGGCAUCCACAGAGGAGGACCAGCUGUGGCAGUCUCUAGGUGACGCCUGGAACAUCCCCAGUACCAAAUGGCCGGAGGAUAACGAGGACAUCCCAACAUACACUCUGGAGUUCUUUGACGGCUGGCAACCCCCUGAAGUAACAGCAGCACCUGCAAUCAGUGAACCUGUGUCAAACAUUCAGUAUGAAACCAGUGCAGACGGACAGACUUCAGCCAACUGGACACGACCACAUCACCCGAGGAAAGAAUGCAUGUGUGUUAUGUAUGACUUCAUUUCAAGAAACCACAAAGAGCUCACCAUCAACAAAGGAGAAAUAGUUGAGCUGCUGGACAUUUCGAAGCAGUGGUGGAAAGUGAGGAACAGCAGGGGUGAGGAGGGCUUCGUACCCAGUAACGUCUUAGAGGUUCAUGACGAACAGCCUGACAAGCAAGCUGGAGGUUCUCCUCUUCUAACAAAGAAGUCCAAGCCUGCAGAAGUGAAAGCCUGGCUUGAAGACAAGGGCUUUACUAAAAUCACUGUACGCUGUUUGGGCGGGCUGAGCGGCUCUAUGCUCCUGGGGAUGACCAGAGAGGAACUGAAGACAGUGUGUCCAGAGGAAGGAGGACGGGUCUUCUUCCAGUUACAAGCAGUCAAGUCCGCCAUGGCUGCUGCCAAUUAAGUGAGACCAACAAGAGGACAUCAACGAAGCAGGAGGAGGAGGAGUGGUUAGACACUUUAAGCCUGCAACUAAAAUUACCUAAUAAAAAGUGAGAUUAGGUUUACAGUGUGUUUGACAUGUCAUUUUGCAAUGUAUAUUAGUAAAGUAGUCUGGCAUCAUUCAGAAAUGUCAACAUGUAAUUAUAAUCAGGUGUAAAUUAAAGUACAGUAGACAACAUAGCCAGUAGUACCGAGCUGAUGUGCUAUAAUACGUCUGAGUAUAACGAUGUGAUUUCUGUAACGACAAGUGGGAGCCUGGUCUAUGUGGUAAUUAUGUAAUCUGUAAAUAAGUAAUCUUCAGUAAAACACAAUGACUCAGUGAAUAAACAUGCUUUAUUUCAUUGUUAAGACGUUAAACAUGAACCUUAGCAGAAGCAUUUCAAUCUGUAAAACACUGGCAAUCCAUUUCAGGCAAUAAUAUG